GAGAGAAAGAAGGAAACUGUGAGAGGGAGACGCUUUCUUCGCCGGAAACAUUAAAAAAAACAAACACAAAUAAGCUCAUCAUCCCUUACCGUCAAUAAUGUCAUCUCGCCGGAGAGUGCUUCUGAAGGUUAUCAUCCUCGGAGACAGCGGGGUUGGGAAGACAUCGUUGAUGAAUCAGUUUGUGAAUCGCAAAUUUAGUAAUCAGUAUAAAGCGACGAUUGGAGCUGAUUUCUUGACUAAAGAGGUUCAAAUUGAUGACCGGAUCUUCACUUUACAGAUUUGGGAUACUGCUGGGCAAGAAAGGUUCCAAAGCUUGGGAGUAGCUUUCUACAGAGGAGCUGACUGUUGUGUCCUUGUCUACGAUGUCAAUGUUAUGAAAUCUUUUGAGAAUCUUAAUAACUGGAGGGAAGAGUUCUUGAUCCAGGCUGGUCCAUCAGAUCCUGAGAACUUCCCGUUUGUCGUGUUGGGGAACAAGACCGAUGUUGAUGGUGGCAAAAGCCGAGUGGUUUCGGAGAAGAAAGCAAAGGCAUGGUGUGCGUCGAAAGGAAACAUUCCUUACUUUGAGACAUCAGCCAAAGAAGGAUUCAACGUAGAUGCAGCUUUCGAAUGCAUCACCAAGAAUGCCUUCAAGAAUGAACCUGAAGAAGAACCGUACCUACCCGACACCAUCGAUGUUGCUGGAGGUCAGCAACACAGAUCAACAGGGUGUGAAUGCUGAUCAAGCAAAACGUUUCUUUGAGUUCAUUGGAUUAUUACAUAUUCUAACGAAUUAUUGGCUCAUUUUUCAUUGGGUUGCAUACAAUAUUUUCAAUCGUGUAGUGUUACAAAAUUAUCAUAUGUGAAUCUCUCUCUCUCUAUAUGUUUCUUACUGUAUACAUUUCGCCAGUCUUGUCUACAAUACUGUUCUUUAGGAGAAUUAUCUUUCGG